GUGAAGUGCGAUGCAUCCAACAAGUACAAGGGUCAUCCCUGCGAGAAAGGCUACUACUGCGAGCGUUUGGGCACUGCUUUGAGACCUCGAUGCUUGCAUUGGGUGAACUGCGCUCGCUCGUGCUACUGUGCCCAAAGGGCCAAGCUGCUGGAGGACGGCGACGUCAUCCCAGAGGUCUUGUUUCAGGAUGAAGAUGUAGAGCUCGACGCUGAGAGAGGGAGCAUGGCUAGUGUUCCAUAG